AUGGAUCAUCCACGUCUCUCCAGUCCUCAAUGCGAGUCGCAGUCUGAUGCAUCAUCAGGCAUCGGCUAUCCUGCAUACUUCCUCGAAGGGUUCCCAGAAGGAACUGAAAUUCGUCAGUUUACCAAUAUCCUCAGCGUCCGCAAGAGAUCGCAUGACCGUCAUAUCGCGCUUCUGCAGGACAAGACUCAAAAUCCCUUCUUGAUCUUCACGGACGUACCAGACAGCGAAUUUUUGAAGAUCUGUGAAAAAACUCCACGGACUAGCCGAACUACGCGGAUACUUUACAGCUGGAAGACGCAUACGCUAAUCCUCAAGAUAAUGCCUUACAUAGCACACGAGACAGCAAAGGAAGAGCUCAAAUUAUGUAUCGGCAUACAAAUCACCACAAUGGGUUUGGGUGGUGAGCUAUAUCCCAUUGGACAAACAACUAUUCGGUUUGGCGACUUUACGAAAGAACCUGAUGGUGGCUGGGCACGAUUGUCACAGAAUCCAAACCCAAGCUUUGUUCUAGAAAUUGGACUAUCUGAAUCGUCUGGUCGGCUUGUGCUUGAUGCUCGAGGGUGGCUGGAGUCAACCGGCUCAACAGUCCAAAUUGCCGUCACGAUAAUGGUCAAUCGGAAGAAACCAGAAAUCGUCGUUCAACGUUGGGAAAUCGUACCCCGGGUGUAUUCUGUGAGAACUCGAGCAUCUCAUCCGCCAGCUUCUUGCACCCAAGAAGUCAGAUCGCAUUAUUUAAAUCAGACAAUAUUGGUUACUGGAGGCUUGGUUAUACCCUUCAACAAAGUGGUGGGCCGGCCAGCAAAUCAACCCCUAGAACAAGAUUUUGUUAUUACUCGACAAGACCUUGAAGAUCUCUCGAGAAAGGUGUGGACCGUGCAAAAGUUCCUAUAA